UCUAGCGAGAUUCCUAUUCGUCGGUCUGUCCGACGUACGUCGAACGUGACCGACUGAAUGGGAACCAGUGUUGUUUGGGUCAAACAAAGAGUGGGAGAGAAACCCCUUCCAAUUGUUUCAACAUAUCAAAAUUUACCUGUCGUCUUUGGAAAUGGCUUUGAAAACCGCUUUGUUGUAGCAAAAGACGAGAGCAGUUUUAAUCUAAGCAUCACAAAUACAGAAGAAUCAGACACUGCAACAUACUAUUGUAUUAAAUAUGUUUAUAAUUUCCAACUUGGGGAGAGCACUGAUCUCAUUGUUAAAGGUGGAGAACUGAGCAUCGACUCUGAUCAUCAGAAACCUGCGUCAGAUCCAGAUCAUCCAGAAGAGUCUGCAGUGGUCCUGCAGUGUGCCGUCGUCACUCAGAGCUGUGCAGGAGAACACAACGUCUACUGGUUCAGACACAAAUCUGGAGAAUCUCCUCCAGGAAUCAUUUACACUCAGGAGCGCAGGAACGGUCAACGUGAGAGGAGCUCUGAUGGGAACUCUACCACACACAAAUGUAUCUACAACCUGCCCAAGAACAACCUCAGUCACUAUGAUCCUGGGAUUUACUACUGCGCUGUGGCCGCAUGUGGAGAAAUACUGUUUGGAGAUGGAAGAAACGUUGAUUCACCAGGGCCAGAUAGACCAUGGAGUACAAUUGUUCUGGUUUUAGCAGCUUCAAACAGUUUAUCAGUGAUUGUGAUCAUAGUUCUGGGCUCACAGUUGUGCAAGCACCAGCGAAAAGACGAGAUCCCGUAUAUUGUGCUCGAUCAAUCAGUGGCUGAUGACAUCACUACUACAGUCGAUUAUACAACCUACCAAAAACGUCUUUAACCUUUAGAAGGCUUGAGGAAUAAAACUGGCAGAACAAAUGAGACACGAGUUUGACUUUCACCUUUCACUUUUCAUCAUGUUUUUUAGCAGUUGGUCGAAAGAAUAAAAUCAACUUUUUUGAAUGAUUACAGCACAUACCUUAGUAAAAAAUAGGACAUGAAUUUACAAUAAUUGUCUCCUUUGGUUUUGCAUUUUGUUUAUGUUUUAUAUCUUUUAUUUUGUAAUUUGGCAUAGUCAUGUUUUCUUGGUUUGUCAUGUGACCCCCUUGCCCUUCAUGUGAUCUUUUCCUGUGCUCCUUAGUACUUGUAUCAUGUUCUGAUUGGUUUCCUUGUUUCUUGUGUCAUUAGGGCCCGAGCACCAAAGUGCGAGGACACCUAUUGGAUUUCAUCCGUUUAUUAUUAUUAUUAUGUUCUGACUUGGUUUCCUUGUUUCUUGUGUCGUGUUCUGUUUGGUUCUUUGUCUGAUUGUUCUCAGGUGUUCCUUGUUCAGUGAUUAGUCUUUGUGUAUAUAUAGCCCUCAUGUUACCAUUGUCUCUUGUCUUUGUCUGUGUAGUCCAUUAUUUGUUGAGUCUAUGCUUAGGUCAAGUUUAUGCUUAAGUCUAUGUUUUGUUUAAGUUUGGUAUCACAUUAAUAAACUGCACAUAGGUUCUUCAAA